AUGCAUGGCCCAGAGAUGUUAGUAGGCCAAUUGAAGGGGCUGGUGUGGUCCACGGUGGUCAUCCUGACGCUGCUCCUCACACUCUGCUUCUGCUACAGCAAGUACUGCGCCCGGCGACGGAUAGAGCGGCGCCGCGCAGCUCUUCUUCGCCGACGGGAACAGGAGGAAGAUCAACUGAGACUCCGUCGUCUUGAGGAGAUACGCCAAGGCUUACUGUACUUGAUGCUCUACUCGGAGGGCCCUCAGGCCGCCGCCACGUCAAUUCCAACUGCGGAUCCCGCAGUAGGCGACAACCGCAGCCCCGCCACAGGGCCCCUCACUGGAAUACCACUCGCCUCUGCCACAGCCGCCGUACUACACCCCAGCACCGCGACUUCUGGUGGGAGCGAUGCGGACGAAACAACUCCCCAUCGGUCGCGACAGACGUCUCACGCUGAGGAGGACUCUGUGUUUCUGUACGGCACCGCCGAGUACCUGCAACGGCCCCCCACUGCUGAGCACGACAGCAACACGGAAGCAAUAGGCGGCGCAGUUGAGUCACCGAGUGGAGUCUGCAGCGCAGACGCAGCCGGCAUGGGGGUGAAGAAAUAA